AUGGGUAUGGUUGAAAAGGACAACGGUGCGCUCUGGAUCAAGCUGAAAGCGUACAAGCAUGGAAAGGCGGUCAUUCGGAAACGAGGCGUGCAGGCAUGCCGACUACAGGCUCGUCCUUGGAAUGGCACCCUCUGCCAUAUUACCCCCGAGGCCACGCCGAUGAUGCAUGGACGAAUGCGUAAGAACCAGGGGAAGCACAAGGCGAUCGAGGACCGCCGGUACGCUUUGCUCGAGGUCGGUAUCACGAGCGUGAAGAUCCAAGACAUGGUUGCCAAGCGGAGUAUCAACUACACCUUCAACUGGGAUCGCAUGUUCUCCUUCGAGGGUGAUACCGGCCCUUAG